AUGGAUUUGCUUGGACCAUUACAUGAUUUUCUUUUAGUUUUUCUGGGAUCGGGUCUUAUAGUAGGAGGUCUGGGAGUAGUAUUACUUACCAACCCAAUUUAUUCUGCCUUUUCAUUGGGAUUGGUUCUUGUUUGUAUAUCCUUAUUCUAUAUUCUAUCAAAUUCCCAUUUUGUAGCUGCUGCACAGCUUCUUAUUUACGUGGGGGCUGUAAAUGUUUUAAUCAUAUUUGCUGUAAUGUUCAUGAAUGGUUCAGACUAUUCUAAAGAUUUUCAUUUUCAUCUUUGGACUGUUGGGGACGGGGUUACUUCCCUAGUCUGUACAAGUAUUUUUUUUUCACUAAUCACUACUAUUCUAGAUACGUCGUGGUAUGGGAUUAUUUGGACUACCCGAUCCAACCAGAUUAUAGAGGAAGAUUUGAUAAGUAAUAGUCAACAAAUUGGUAUUCAUUUAUCAACGGACUUUUUUCUUCCAUUUGAACUGGUUUCGAUAAUUCUUUUAGUUGCUUUGAUAGGUGCAAUUGUCGUGGCUCGUCAGUAA